CGACCAACACCUUCAGAAGGCUGCCUGCUAAUCAUGGUGAGCUUCGCAGACCUUGCAGUACACAGAGGUAAAGAGCGAAGAAGCUGGCCGGCGCCAGAUUCGUCUCCGCUCGACUUGGCUUAGACCGUCUGCGAGCGCGAGCUGCCUAUGGUCUGACAACAGGACCAGGACAGACAACAGCACCUCCUCAUCGAUCUCCCUUCGCAUGGCCUUCAUCCUCAGUUCUUCAUCACAUGUGCGGGCGCUAAUCAGCCUCUUGCUCGUCUUCCUCCCGCGCAGGCUCUCUCCGACCGCCUUGUGGGCGGUGUCAUGCUCCUUGUAGCCUCCUUCGUCUUCACCUACUACACCCUUUGGGCAUUCGCAACGCCCUUCCUAUCCAGCCAAUCCUCUUUCCACUCGUUCUUCCCUCCAAGAGAAUGGGCCGUCCGCGGCCCUGCGCUUCUCCUCGUCGUAGGUCUGGGUGGAAUCGGCGCUUUUGUUGGCAAGGUCAUGAUGGCGGAGGAGAGGAAGAGGAAGGAGAAGGCUAGGAGGCAGAAGCAGGGUUGAAGAGC